AUGCCUGGUCAGAAUUACAGCACAACAUCAGAAUUUAUCCUUUUCAGCUUCUCAGCCUUCCCGCACCAGCUGCUGCCGGCCCUCUUCCUGCUUUACCUUCUGAUGUACCUGUUCACACUGCUGGGGAACCUGCUCAUCAUGGCUACUGUGUGGACAGAACGCCAGCUCCACACACCCAUGUACCUCUUUCUGUGUGCCCUCUCCAUCUCUGAGAUCCUGUUCACCAUUGCCAUCACACCACGCAUGCUGGCUGACCUGCUCUCUACCCAUCACUCCAUCACCUUUGUGGCCUGUGCUAUGCAGACCUUCUUCUGCUUCACGUUUGGCUAUGCCCACUCCUUCUUGCUCAUGGUCAUGGGUUAUGACCGCUAUGUGGCCAUUUGCUAUCCACUGAGCUACAAUGUGUUCAUGAGCCCCACUGUUUGUGCCCACCUUGUGACCUGGUCCUGGGCUGGUGGCUCAGUUAUGGGGAUGAUAAUGACGUCAAUAGUUUUCCACCUCACCUUCUGUGAGUCUCAUGUCAUCCACUGCAUUCUCUUUCAUGAAUUUUCCCUCUUGAAGUUGGCCUGUGGUGACGAGAUGGGCUCUGUCACCAUAGGUGUGAUCCUGGUGUGUGUCAUACCCCUGGUAGGCUGUUUAUCCCUCAUCAUCCUCUCCUAUGUAGUCAUUGUGUCCGCCAUCUUGAGGAUUCCCUCUCCUGAGGGCCGGCACGAGAUCUUCUCCACCUGUGUAUCUCACCUCACUAUAGUGAUUGUGCAUUAUAGCUUUGCUUCCAUGAUCUACCUUAAGCCGAAGGGGCCCCAUUCUAUAUACACCAACACUCUGAUGUCCACUAUCUAUAUCGUUUUCACCCCCUUCCUCAGCCCAAUCAUUUUCAGCCUCAGGAAUAAGGAACUGAAAACUUCCAUCAAUAAAAACUACCACAGAAAACUCUGCCUGCAAAACCCCUAA